UUGGGUAACUACACUAAUGACAUUUCCGGCCAUAAUCGACGCUCACCCAAUCGUACGGAUUGGCGAAAGAGAGAAAAAGAAGAAACGCACAGAACCCCGCCCUUCGCUCUGCUUGCUCACAACUAGAUGAGUAGAUUUAUGAUCCUGCCAGAACAAGUAUUGCGCGGGUUUACUAGACUGGCCAAUUGGGUUGAAAAGAACGGACUGACGAAUAUGUGGCCUGCUGGAAUACCGGAAGAAGAGCCAAUUGCGCCGUGCUGGGAUUAGUAUAGCUCCAGAUUCCCUCCUGUCUGCCCCAACAGUCAGCGUCCCAUCAUACCUCUCCUCGCUCCCGGUGCCAGGCCUGUCUCGCGUCUCGCGUUUUCGUGAUGAAGAAGAGAACGGAGAAAAUAAAAUGGACCGCCAACAAGACCCAAAGUUGGCCUAAAUCCGAAAACCCCGACGGGCCGGAUGACACUAGCCUCAGGGCUCGCCCAGGGUUGAUACCGUCAUUGAUGGGUCUUGUGGUUCGAAUCCAUGGGAAUAAGCCGGAGUGCGGCGGCUCGGUGAGAAGAGGCGGCUGCAAGGAUGAAGUCAUGUAUGGGGCCGGGUUUUCCAACACCAAUGACUCGGUGUUCCCUCCGCGACGCUCUGAAACUCGCGGCUUCAAAGCGACCUUGCGUCCACACUGCAUGUAUGGCUGAGAGGGAACUUCUUGGGGCGCUCACUCGACAAAAUCGCCGACAAAAUGCAGUCCUUUCUCCAACAUCGGCGGGCAGGCGUUGAGGCCCAGGCGCAAAUCGACCGGGAUAUCGGGAAGACACAGUCUUUCAAUGCGCCAAGCCGAACACACGAUGAGAUGCAAGAACAACCUUCCGCAGAGAAGAAACAGCAAAGCCCGUCCUCCGAGUCGCCGAACACGGCCGAUACGGAAGCGCCCGGACAACGACCCGACAGAGCGUCGGGGCUUCUUGAGCGGAGCCAGACGGCGCGGACCGAGUGCUCUGAAGGCACGGCGCUCGGCCGGGUCUUGACCGGCAUCCACGUCCGGGACCGCACGGGCGAUGAGGGGCACGGGGGCCGCGUCUUCGUCGUCGGCUGGGCGGGGCCGGACGACCCCCUGGACCCGCACAACUGGCCGACGGCCAAGCGCAUCGGCGUGACGCUGCAGAUCUCCGUCAUCGCCCUCUUCGUCGGCGCCGCAUCGGGUAUCGACGCAACGGUGCUUCCGCAAGCCGCGAAGGCGUUUGGCGUCAGCGAGGUGGCCGAGUCUUUGGCCACAGGCACGCCCCCCCUUUAACGUCAUCCGCCACUC